GCGUCUUGGACACGGCGCUGCGCUCUCGGCGCUCCGCCGCUCUCUUCCUCUGAAAGCACACCCCGCCCUCCCCUCCACCUCCAUCUCCAUCUCCACCUCACUCAGCGCCGAAAAAUCGCACAACCAGAGGGAGAGAGGACGUUCAUCCGCUACCUUUCGUAGCAACCGAGGCACGCCGUCCACCCCAGCCCAGACUUCUUAUCAGCCCGGGACACCGGUUCCUCUGUAGCCUAUUAGCCCCCCCCAACCCCGUCCGCGCGUCCCGCUCAUCAGCUCGCCCGCCAGCCACUCCGUUCCGUGUAGUAUCGCUCAGCUCCGCGCCGGGCCGGUCCGGUCGCAUUCCUCGCCCCCCCCCCCCCGGAGAGCAGUUUAUUCCCUGGAAGCUGGAUGAAUUAUAGGAGAGUUGCGAACAAGUGCGAGAAGAAAGCUGAGGCUCGGGAUCUGCCUCCUGCUGCGUCCAGGGAAGACAAGACUCAGCCAGAGUUGUGGACAAUAAUGGAGGGGACGUCACUGUAUCUUCCUAUUGUUAUUUUACUGAUGCAAUGUUCUUCCUCUGUUCCCGUCACAGUAUCGACCAAGAACCACAAGGUGGAGGUGCGCGAGUUCUCAGAUGCAAUACUGUCCUGCAUGUUCCACACAGAGCGAGACUCGAACCCCCGCAUCGAGUGGAAGAAGAAGGGGAAAGAUGUCUCUUUUGUGUACUUUGAUGGACACUUCAGAGGUCCCUUUGAAGGCCGGGCGAGCAUCGAAGGGGCCACGGUGACGCUGCAUAGGGUGACUCAGGAGGACGCCGGGGAGUACCGCUGCGAGAUCAGCGCUCCUCUUGACUCUGUCAGCCUCGGCGAGACCAACGUGACGCUCAAAGUCCUGGUGCCCCCCCACACCCCGUCCUGCGAGAUCCCCAGUUCCGCAGUGACGGGCUCUGUGGUGCAGCUGCGCUGUAGGGACCAGCAGAGCAUUCCGCCGGCUACUUAUUCCUGGUUCAAGGACAGCCAGCCAAUCAGCCAGCCCCGAUAUGCCAACGCCACCUAUUUCAUCAACUCGUACACAGGAGUGCUGGAGUUCAAAGCUGUAGCCAAAGAGGACACGGGUCGGUACAGCUGCCGGGCAUCGAACGGGGUGGGGCCGGCGAAGACGUGCGAGGGCAAGCACAUGACAAUAGAGGACAUCAACAUCACAGCAAUAGUGGCAGCGGUGGUAGUGGUCUGCCUGGUCGUCGUGAUCUGCGGCUGCGGAGGGCUCGUCUUACACCGCAACGGUUUCUUCAGCCCAGGACACAGAGGAAGGUCCUUUUGGAUCUCCCAGUGUCAUGGUGCAGCCCACAUCAGCAGCCAAACCCUGCACAGAACAGAUGAAACGUCCAAUGUCAACUACAUCCCCCCGCCCCAAGAACCCCAGGAUUUUAAACACACCCAAUCAUUCAUGCUCUGAGAAGCUGGACUCUGAACGAGCUCUUGAUCUUCCACUACGUGCUGAUUUCAAUCCUCCUCUUACCGCUCCUUUUGGAUGGGUUGUGACGAGCAAAUUUGCGAGGCUUUUUAAUCUAUUGCUUUGCUGUGUGGUUUGCCUCUGUCAUUGACAUUUUCUGCUCUUAUGGGAUUAAGUACAGUUUUGUGGCAUUCUGCUCCCCCCUGGUGGUCAGAUUUUGAAAUACCAGGGACCACUGGAGACUUUUAAACAUUUUGCUUCUCUCUGCAGGCCAAUUAUUUAACUCUUUUUUUUUUUUUUUUUUUAACCAAAGACUGAUUGGGAUUGUUUGUCGUUUUGUUUUGAAAUUUGAAUCGUUGCGAGGGAUUUCUCAUUAAAGCCAUAGGGAAAGCAAUCUACUCAAAUAUAAAUGCAGUUUACCUCAGCCACUAUUUUGUCUUUGUAACGCUGAGGCCACAAAAGAUCCUCGUGAUCUUAGUGGGAACAGGAGGCCGAUUCAAUUGAGACCAACCCCGUUCCGUCCUAAUGUGCCUGCAUGGUCUUUUGAUAUAUACCUUGUGCCUUUUUAAUUUGUCUGUCAUUUAACUAUGGAUCACAAUUUUUUGUAAAGAACUUGCCUUACUUUUUUGUCUUUAUAUUUUUGUGCCACUGUUUAUCAAUGUUUGUCAAAAAUGGAGUGUCUGUUUUUAGACUGUGUGAAUGGGUUGUUCAGAGUUUUAUUUCAAUGGUAUAUCAGUAAUAAAGUUUUUCUAUUCAAAACUA